CAAAUCUUUCCUUUCAUAAAAAAUUUGUAUUUCCUUCCAUCAUCUUCAUCCACAAAUUUGCAAAGUGGAGCCCACAAAAAUCAAGAAACCAAACUAAUUCUAUCCACUCAAGGAUUACAUUCAAUCUCCUCUUCCCUCCCACUCAUUCUAUCCUCCCAAUGCUUACUUUCCACUUCCCCCAAAUGUAGCUUCAUUUCUUUUCAAACACUCCCCUUAGCUUCCAACAAUGGCUACCUUAACAACCUCCACAACUCUCUCUAUCCCCUCCAUUAAAAUACCCUCAAACUCAUCCCCAAUUUCAAUCCCUUCCACAUUCCCACUUUCGAAACGCAAAUUCUCUCCUCCGCCACUCUCCGCUCUCCCACCACUUCUCACAACAGCCGCCGACAUAGACACUAGCAGCGCCGCCACACUUGCCGUCAUAGGAGGCGGAUCAGUCGCGGCAUUAGCAGCGGUUCUGACAAUUGCCGACCCAGAAAAGCGACGGCAGCAACAGGCGGAGGAAGUUGGGGGUGGGGAUAAGGAGGUGGUAAGAGAGUAUUUUAAUGGAACUGGGUUUCAAAGAUGGAAGAAGAUUUAUGGCGAAACUGAUGAAGUGAAUAAAGUUCAAUUGGAUAUUCGGAUUGGACAUGCUAAAACUGUGGAAAAUGUAAUGAAGAUGUUAAAAGAUGAAGGUUCACUAAAUGGGGUAACUGUUUGUGAUGCUGGGUGUGGUACUGGUUCUUUGUCUGUUCCUUUAGCUAAGGAAGGUGCCCUUGUUUCUGCUAGUGAUAUAUCUGCUGCUAUGGUGGCUGAAGCUGAAUCUAAGGCAAGAACGGAGCUUCAAAAUGGUUCAUCAGAUCUUGUGAUGCCUAAAUUCGAGGUGAAGGAUUUGGAGAGCUUGAGCGGGAAGUAUGAUACAGUUGUCUGUCUUGACGUUCUCAUACAUUACCCACAAAAUAAUGCGGAUGCAAUGAUUGGCCACCUUGCGUCGUUAGCUGAGAACAGACUGAUACUGAGUUUUGCUCCAAAGACAUUCUAUUAUUCCCUUCUGAAGAGAAUAGGGGAGCUUUUUCCAGGACCUUCGAAGGCCACAAGGGCGUAUCUUCAUGCAGAGGCCGAUGUAGAAAAUGCGUUGAAGAAAGUUGGAUGGAAAAUACGUAAGCGAGGAUUAAUCACUACACAAUUCUAUUUUGCACAAAUUGUCGAGGCUGUACCUGCAUAGAACGCGUUAAAAGGUUUGAUCCUUCUCGAUUUGUAGAGCUUGUUUGGUUUACAGUUUUGUUCUGAUGUAAAGUCCUGUGAUUUCAAAUGUAAGAUAAGAUUGUGUAUCCUUUAUAAGUAGGCUACUCUUAACUGAUCUAUUUAGGCAAUGACAAAAGUUCAUGUUUUAUGAGAGGCUUUUGUUGCUCAUGAUACUGAAAUCAUCUCAUUUUUCUUAUGACAGCAGUGUUUUGGACAUGCUGCCCUACAUUGUGUUCUUCA